CCGCCGGCCGAGGGGCUGGGCCGCGCCACCGCUCCUCACUGGCGCAGCGCGGGGACCGGGCCCGUCCGCGCCCGCCCCCGCCUCCUCCUCCUCCGCGCCCAGCCUACCGUCGCCGCCGCUGCGCCCUUCGCCGCCCGCACCUCCCCGCAGCCUGCCCCGAUGCUCUGAGCCCGCGCGGCCCCAGACCCGGCCCCUUUCCCGGCCGCGCCGCCAUCUCCCCCCGCGCCGGCCGUUGGAGCCGCCCGCCUCGCAGCCAAGAGGAGCCAGCCCGCCGCCAUGGAGAGCCCCGGCGGCGUCACCGACAAGAAGAGGAUUAGCUCGGAACGCAGAAAAGAGAAGUCAAGGGAUGCAGCCCGGUGCCGAAGGAGCAAGGAAUCAGAAGUAUUCUAUGAGCUUGCUCAUCAGCUGCCGCUGCCCCAUACCGUGAGCGCACACCUGGACAAGGCGUCCAUUAUGAGACUGACUAUCAGCUACUUGCGCAUGAGAAAGCUGCUAGAUGCUGGUGAGCUGGAGACCGAAGCCAAAAUGGAGAAGGAACUGAACUGUUUCUACUUGAAAGCUCUUGAUGGAUUUGUCAUGGUUCUGUCCGAAGAUGGAGACAUGAUUUACAUGUCUGAAAACGUGAACAAGUGUAUGGGACUCACUCAGUUUGAGUUGACGGGGCACAGUGUAUUUGAUUUCACUCAUCCAUGUGACCAUGAAGAGCUGCGAGAAAUGCUUACACACAGAAAUGGUCCUGUGAAAAAGGGCAAAGAGCAAAACACGGAGCGCAGCUUUUUUCUCAGAAUGAAGUGUACACUGACUAGCAGGGGAAGAACAGUGAAUAUAAAGUCUGCUACGUGGAAGGUACUCCACUGCACUGGACACAUUCGUGUAUAUGACACAUGCGGUAAUCAAACUCACUGUGGCUACAAAAAGCCUCCCAUGACGUGUCUGGUGUUGAUCUGUGAACCUAUUCCUCAUCCAUCAAACAUUGAGGUCCCCUUGGACAGUAAAACGUUCCUCAGUCGUCACAGUCUUGAUAUGAAAUUUUCCUAUUGUGAUGAAAGAAUUACAGAGUUGAUGGGGUAUGAGCCAGAGGAACUCCUGGGUCGCUCAAUCUAUGAGUACUAUCAUGCGCUGGAUUCUGAUCAUCUGACCAAAACACACCAUGACAUGUUCACAAAAGGGCAGGUGACAACAGGACAGUACAGAAUGCUUGCUAAACAAGGUGGCUAUGUCUGGGUUGAAACUCAAGCAACUGUUAUAUACAACACUAAGAAUUCUCAGCCACAGUGCAUAGUGUGUGUAAACUAUGUGUUGAGUGGAAUUGUUCAGAAGGACUUGAUUUUUUCCCUUGGACAAACUGAGUGUAUGCUGAAACCGGUGGAGUCUCCUGAUAUGAAAAUGACCAAAAUAUUCAGCAAAGAUGACCUGGAUGAUACCAACAGCCUAUUUGAAAAACUUAAACAGGAACCAGAUGCUUUAACUGUGCUGGCCCCAGCGGCUGGAGACACAAUUAUCUCUCUAGAUUUCAGCAGUAAUGAGUCUGAUGAACAACAAUGUGAUGAAGUUCCUUUGUAUAACGAUGUAAUGCUCCCCUCAUCCAGUGAGAAAUUGCAGAAUAUAAAUAUGGCAAUGUCCCCACUACCUGCCUCUGAAACUACAAAGCCACUUCGUAGCAAUGCUGAUCCUGCACUCAAUAGAGAAGUUGUAUCAAAGCUGGAGCCAAACACAGAGCCACUCGAACUUUCUUUUACCAUGCCUCAGGUGCAAGAGCAACCAACCAGUCCUUCUGAUGCAAGUACCAGCCAAAGUUCACCUGAGCCCAGUAGUCCCAACAACUACUGCUUUGAUGUGGAUAAUGAUAUGGCUAAUGAAUUCAAACUGGAAUUAGUGGAGAAACUCUUUGCGAUAGAUACAGAAGCAAAAAAUCCGUUCUCUACUCAGGAAACUGAUUUAGAUUUGGAGAUGUUGGCUCCUUACAUCCCAAUGGAUGAUGACUUCCAGCUGCGAUCCUUUGAUCAGCUAUCUCCGCUGGAAAGCAGUUCUUCCGGCUCUCAAAGUGCAGCCACCGUUACCAUAUUUCAGCAGACUCAAACACCAUCAAGUACUGCUGAUGAAAUAAAACCAGUGACAGAACGUGUGGAUGACGUGAAGACGUUAAUUGUUCCUUCAUCUCCUGUCCACAUAAUCAAUGAAACGAGUAGUGCCCCAGCAUCACCUUACAGCGGGAACAGGAGUCGAACUGCGUCUCCAGUCAGAGCAGGAAAAGGGACAUUGGAUCAGACGGAAAAAUCUUGUCCGGGAGCACCCAGUUUGCUAACAGUCACUCUGAAUAAAAGAUCUACUGCAGUGGAUGAAGAACUAAAUCCAAAGAUGCUAGCUUUGCAUAAUGCUCAGAGAAAACGAAAAAUGGAACAUGAUGGUUCACUUUUUCAGGCAGUUGGAAUUGGGUCUUUAUUCCAGCAGACAGGUGACCGUGGAGGAAAUGCAUCACUUGCUUGGAAACGUGUAAAGGGGUGCAAAACAAAUGGUCAUAAUGGAGUGGAGCAAAAGACAAUCAUUCUACUAUCAACUGACAUAGCAAGUAAACUUCUAGGGCAGUCGAUGGAUGAAAGUGGACUACCCCAACUCACGAGUUACGAUUGCGAAGUAAAUGCUCCCAUACAAGGCAACAGAAACCUGCUACAGGGGGAAGAACUGCUCAGAGCUCUGGAUCAAGUUAACUGAGCUUUCACAAUACUUGUUCCUUUUUUUGGACACUGGUGAAUCAUCACCUAAAGCAGUCUAUUUAUAUUUUCUAUAUCUGAUUUUAGAAGCCUGGCUACAGUACUGCACUAAUUCAGUUAGUUCAGUUUUGAUCCCCUUUCUACUUAUUUUGACAGUCUUUUUAAUAUGUUCUUUAUGUAACAAUAACUCAAACUAUAGUGCGUUUUUAUAAUUCUUCGGUACAUACACUUUUAAGUCCAUUACAUUUAAAACACACUUGCAAUAGCAGCUUUGAAAUAUGCACCUGAUUUUAAAAAAAAUAUUUAUUUUUUGGCUGGGGAGUUGGUCACCAAAACUUAUCAUUAGUAAAACGUCAACACAGGAAAACCUGGCAAUACUUCCACCCUGCUCUUCAUAGGUAGUUGGAAGACUUAUGCUCUCUUACUCUUUAUGUUCAGAUAAGUUGGGUUUUUUUAUUUUAAUAAUUUUUAUAAGAAACAACAAUGCUUUGCAGCAGUGCAUUGUAGCCACAAUCGCACAAUAUAUUUUCUUAAAAAAUACCAGCAGUUCCUCAUGCAAUAUAUUCUGCAUUUAUAAAAACUAGUUUUUAAGACGAAUCCUCCUUUGUUUGCCUAUGAAAUCAUGUUUAAACAUGAAUUAUGUCAUUAUUUUAGUCACGUUGUAAUACAAAUUGUUCUUAAAUGCUGUCUCAUGCUUUUGACUUAAAUGAGUGUGAUUAGUCAAAGGAAAGGCUUUAUCUGGAAAGGGCUAGCAGCAUUUUAUUUGGAUACGUUCUCAAUUUAGAGAGAGUUUGAUGUUCUUAAAGUAGUCACUUUGCCAGCUUAAAAAAAAAAAAUUCCCUGCCUGUAGUUGUUGAAGUUAAUGCUAAUAUUGUGUAUGAUCUUAAAUCUAAAUGUUCAGCUUACCCUGUGUGGUAUAGGUGAUAUUUCAAGCAGAUUGUAAAACAUCUUGCAUUGUUAGCAAAGUUUUAUCUAGUACAUCAUUGAGUUGCUCAAUAUUUUGAUGUUUUGGUUUUAUGCACCUUGUUGCUAUUAACAUCCGUAUGUUUUCAUGUAGAUUUCAAUAACUUGAAUAUAUUUAGAAGCCUUUUUAUUUAGAAAUAUAUAGUUGCCACAAACAUCUUAUUUUCCUAUAUGUACUGUACAAAACCUUCACUCGCUCAUUCUUUUGCUCUUUGUGGUUGGAUCUAACACUAACUGUAUUGUUUUCUUACAUCAAUAAACUAUAUGUGGACCAGGCCCCCUUGGGGAGUGUGUUAUCUGAGAGAAAUGAGAUAAUUUAUAUUUUUGUUAGUGGUUAUUGUUCAUCCGUGUUCCCUUUUUAACUUAGAGUUGAUUGGAAAUCACUGCUUCCUUAUUUUGAUUGUAACAUCUCCGCAUUAAUGAUUUGAGCCUAUUCAGUACUGAAGUCUCCUAGACAGUGUUGUACUACCGCUCGCCAAAGAUGUUAAAUUUUUAAAUCUGUUAUCACACCAGUUAGCAAACUUGAAAGUGAGGAGACAGCAUAUUUGUGUUACUUUAGAGUGGAAAGAUUCUUCCUUGUUAACAGCUUAAAGGCUUGUCUCUGGAAGCUUUAUCAAGGUAACACUGGGAAAGCAGGAGAAAGUAAAAUUCACAAGAGUGAUCAAUUAAAAGAUGGAUUUUUAUCACAAAACUGCAUGAUUAGAAAAAUUAAGAUAAUACUUGUGAUAAAGCUUGUUCUGCAUUCUUGUGCUGUUGACUUAGUAACUUUGACUAGGUGACUUUUCUCAUUUUGCUGUCAUAAAACAUGAUGCUUCUGAUACAACCUUGUAAUGUGUAAAUAUGAUCAAGAUAUUCUGUGCAUUCUUCAAACUAGUUUUUUUUAAAACUUUAUCUCUGAAAGAAAUCAAACGUGGAGUGUCACAAGAAUUAUUUUGGAAACUUUGGUUUCAUUGGACUCUUGGGUCUUUUGAAAUCAGUAUAAUGGUAUAUAAGCUUAAGCUGUUUUCUAAAAUUACUGUUACUGUUUCACUGAAACGAGCACUUUUCAAACUGACACAACUGUAUCAAACUAGAUGGAGACUAUUAGCUACCAGUUAAAAAAAAGAUAAGGCCCUGGUAGCAGAUGACCGUUGCAUACUUAGAAUAGAAGUUCCACAAAGAGAGGAGAAAGCGUGUAGGUGCUGUAAGCUAAAACUGAAGCUUCAUCCAGAGACCAUUUUGAAUAUAUACAGCUGCUACUGAAUAUUAAACAUUUUUAAUGCAGCAGUUAAGUAUACAAAGCUUAUAAAGUUCUCUGGAUAAAAGUAGCAGAGCUACUUUCUACCUGCUCUGUGAGGUCUCUUGGAUGGCAUUCUUUCCGUGGCAUCCCUUUCUCUGUCAGCAGUUAAAAGGUUAAACGGUGAAGUUGCUAAAGGCUUUCAAGUAAAGUUGGGUUCUGCUUUUCUUACUGCCCUGGCAAGCUUUCAGCUGGCCUGGUGAGUUAUUGGGGUUUUUUUAUCUCCCAAGAGAAACUUCAUACCUUCCUGCCUGAUGUUGUUCUGCUCUCUUGACCUUAUUUUUGGAGGAGCCUGACCUGUUUGGAGCUGUCGUUUCCUCUUCGGUGUACUUUAAGAGGGCUGUACAUUUUCAUUGAGAAAAAUCCAUGUUAAAAAGAGGAGGAAAACUUAAGUGACCCAUGUGAUUUAUGGCUAUGAGCCUUCCCACCUCUCACACUUUUUAUUAUGCGUAAUAACAAGGCAUGGCAUCUUGUUUAUUGUCUUGGUAAAAGUGACUGAAACAAGCAACUCUAGGAAAAAAGAUGGGUGAAACAACCCCGAACAAACCUUCUAGAGACACUGAAGUGUGGAAAAGUAACAGUAAUUGAUUGCUCUGGCCUUGUAAAAGCUUUGCUAAAUGCAGAUGACAGUUCAUAAAAUCUAGUACACAUUUUAGCUGCUUUUUGUUCGGUUUUACUUUUUUUUUUUUUUUUUUUGCUUAGAUUCCAGGAAUACACAGCCUGAUUCUAAACCUACUUUGUAGGACAAGCUUCUAGAAUACAUUACUUUCUAAAUGUUUUCUUAGUGAUUUUGAAUACUUUUGUACUUGAGUUGCUAUUUCUUAAAAUGUUGAGGCACCGUGUUAGAGCAUUUAUUCUUUCCUAGUAGUAAAGAAAAAAACGGUAGGUAAAUAUAGUGUUUCCUGCUGCGUAUGAAAUAAGCUAGAUUAUGUGGAAAUGGUAAACUGAGAAUAACAAAGUUUGCUUCCAGAAGGUUAUUGUGACCACAGCAGUAGUCAAGCCAUGCCUUCUUUAUGGCAUAGAACAAUUAUUACUUUCACAUAUGGAUUGUAAUUGAUGUUUUUAUCAGCAACACUGAUGAUUUUUGUUAAAAAGUAAAGGCAUUUUUAAACCAGUAUUUGUGAUGCCACCAUUCAUUCCUUUACCUGAAAGUAGUUAACUACAGCUGUAGCUCCCAAGUUGUCACUUCAGUCUGCUGUCCAGUAACUUGAUCAUGGGUGUAAUACAUUGAGUAAACUAAGGUAGCCUGCAGGCCAAAGUACACCUUUCUAAUAUACCUUCCUCCCCUGUAGUGAGAUAGGCUUGGAUGGUAUGUUGAUCUUUGAAAACCUUGGCCUGAAACAGAAACAACUUGCUAUUAAGUUUCCUGUUGUGUCUGUGUACAUGUAUUAAACUCUCCCCAAGUAAUUAUGAAUUAAAGAAUCACAGAUUACGGCCAGAAAGAACAAUUAAAACUUUACACAUAAUACUGGCGGCAAUUUCAAGACUUCAAAGCUUAUUUUGGAUUAAUUGGUCAACUCCGCUUCCAAUGAAAUACAAGCGUAGGAAUAAAAAAAAAAUAAUCUGAUGAUUACAGGUUAAACUACUGCAUUUUUAAACAGCUAAACAAUAUGGCAGAAACAGGGGCUGUUAGCCAGUAUCUCUUGUCAGGCUUUCUCCACUGUUACGCUGCCGAAUGAACCAUUUCCUUUGAAAGGUGCCUGUGGAAGCCGGAGUGGUGAGUACCUGACCACUGUGACCUGGGCUAUAGCUGGACAUGCUCCAGGUCGACCAUCUGUUCCCAUCCGUGCUGAUGAGCUGCUACUGAACAGAACACACAUCUCACUCAAAUGUCACUGCACUUAACGCACGUUAUUCAAACUGUAAGUGUCCAGCAUGAAAAUAAAUAUUUUGCAGGCCAGGAAUGCUUUGUAGGAAUACUUUUUAUAGGAAUUCAUGUGAGUUGGGUAUUCAGCUUUCGUUAAAAAUACCGUUAUCAAUUAGGCACUUGGUUCCCUGGAAAGCUCCAUUCUGGAGAACUUUUUUUUUUUUUUUGAUUCAAAUUCUAGAAAUGAGUUGUCAUUGUCCUGCUUCCCUGUUUACCUUGAGCAAGGCUUGCCAAGUUACCAAAAAGUUAAAGAGUUUGCUACUGGACUUAUACAGUAUGGUAGAUUUUGUGAAUAAUAGCAGUAUUCUCUCAUGAAGAAGUGGUAUAUUUUAAUGGAAUUCUUUUUUGGAACCAAGUACAACGUAUUGCAAUUGAUAUUUCUCUUGAAACAUUUUGACAUACUUGUGACUGUAUUUCUUUUUGAUUGUGUAACAGUAUAAAAUUCAAUAAAAGAGAGGGUUUGUUUCUAA